AUGCAAAUUGUUUCAUUUGUUAUUUUGGCUAUUUUGUUGAGCUACGGAGCUUCCGCAAAUGUUCUUGGCAUUGACUUUGGAUCUGAAUACAUUGAGGUUGCCGGGCCGCACAAUGGCAAUAACGUUGAUAUUGUGCUAAAUGAGCAAUCCCAUCGAAAAACAGACAACUACAUUGGCUUUAAGAAUGGAGAGAGGUACAUUGGAGAUCAAGCCAAGGCGUUGGCGGCUCGUUUUCCCUUAAAUAUGGUUACAAUGAUUAACCAGCUGAUAGGGAUUUUGUGUGAUUCCACCGAAUUUACGAUGUUAAAGGACCUGGAGUUUGAAUUUGAGACCCGCCCCGAAGAGCGAAACACGAUUGGAUUUUGCUUUUCUCAAGAUGGAAAUUACACCGCGGAGGAACUAUAUGCCAUGGUACUUCAGUACUGCCAAAGUAUUUCGGAAAAAGAUGGAGUGGUGGAUCCAAAAAGUGUCGUUAUUACAAUACCGUUUCAUUCUUCUAUGGGAAAGCGACAAGCCAUAUUGGAAGCAGCGCGUUUAGUUGGAAUGAAUGUUUUAGGAUUAAUGCACAGUACUACGGCAGCUGCCUUUUAUUACGGUAUCCGAAGACGAGGAUUGGGAAAUAAAACAAUGAAUCUACUUGUUUAUGACAUUGGAAGUACUCAUACCGAAGUUGGUAUUUACAAAUUUUCUCCCCCAGUCGCACAGUCUGGGAAGAAGAUAAAAAAUGCUGACAGUUUCGGUACUUUAACGACAAUGGCUGUGGUAGAUGAUACGUUUUUGGGAGGUAGAGCAUUUGACUUAUGUAUUGCCAAAAUUUUUGAAGCGGAGGCAAUGAACAAAAUGAAGAUUUCUAAGGUUAUUGGUGGAAAAACGAUACCCGAACGAAAAUCUCAGUUUUCACUUCUGCGUGCAGCCAAAAAAUCUCGAGAAAUACUUUCAGCAAAUAGUAAGACACCCGUUACUAUUGAGGGUAUUGUUCCAGAAAGAGAUUUUAGUACGGAAAUAUCUAGAAAAGAUCUGGAGGAGAAAUGCUCUCAUUUGUUCGAACGGGUGCCUAAGUUGGCGGAAGAAGCCUUAUCUAAAGCUGGACUGAGUUUGAGCGAUAUCGAUGCGUUUGAGAUGAUGGGUGGUACCUCUCGGACUCCAAAAAUUAUAUCCGAUCUUUCUGCUAUGUUAGGUAGAGAGGUGGAUCGAACUUUGAAUUCCGAUGAAGCAGCUGCCGUAGGUGCCGCAUAUUAUGCUCUUCGCUUGUCACCUUUUUACCGUGUCCGUUCUUUUCGAGUGGAGGAGCAUAUACCAUUUGUUUUCUUUUUUUCUAUUACUUCUUCUUCGAAAAAUUCUUCUCAAUCACGACGUUUGCUUGCUGAAAAUCCAGCUUUGGGGAUGCGACAAAGUAUAACGCUUAAUCGAACUGAAGAUUUUACCGUUGAAAUUUUUGAAUCCAACAAUUGCGUCGUUAAAAUUCAGGUAAUUGGUGUAAAAACGACGCUUGAACGUUUGGGGUUUUUUGCACCAACCAUUGUACAUCCUAACAAUAGCCAUAUUGUCCGUGUUCAACUGCGAAUAAAUGAUUCUGGGCUUUUUGAGGUUGAUGAGGCGGAUGUCAUUUAUCGUUAUGCCGCAAAUGUCUCUAGUAAAAUCAAACUGAACACAACAACAAACGAUCUAAAUACUUCAGAUAUAACAAAUACUUCAAAUAUUACCAAUACAUCAUACCGAACUGUCCAUAAUAUUAAAAUGAAGCGAACUUCUGCAACCGUUGCAACGACAGUGAGUUUUACAAAUCCUUCACCACUGUCUGAGGAAGCUUUUAGGCGCUCAAAAAAAAGGAUUGCUGAGAUACUUGACAAGGAAAGAAAGAAACACGAAGCAGCUGUGGCGAAGAAUAAUUUGGAAGCUUAUGUUUUUUGGGCGAAAAGCGAAGGCAUUUUGGAAAACGAAACUGCUCUAGGUGUGAUAAGUACAGAAAAAGUUGAAAUGCUGAGGGCGAAGUUGUCGGAGGUGCAGGAGUGGCUUGAGGAUGAAGACUGUGGCUCUGAGCAAUGCAGUAAAGAAGAAUAUGAAAAGAAAAUGGAAGAAAUCAAACAAAUUGUGCGCCAGGAACCAGACGCUAACAACGAAAAUGAGGUUGUAAUUGAAUCUAGCGACGAUGAUCGGGGCGAUCUGUGA